AACAGAGGCACAUCAACUACACUGGAGGCGGCGGGGGAUUACUGUUGGGUCAGUACGCGCGAUCGCUGUUGUCAAACAACAUCAAGGCCUCGUCACCUUCCACUGGUGGCGCCUACUUGGAUACCCAAAGUGGAAUGUCGACUUCGAAUUUUUUUAGUAGGGCGGGUCUCUUGACAGCUGAAG